CGUAGUUUUAGAUGUCUAUGGGGCUACCGUUUGUGCGGCGCGAAGUUAAAAGUUGAAGCAGUUCAUUGUUUACAUAUUUAUUGCAGGAUUGAUGGGCAAAAAUCCGAAUGAAAAUACGUUGUAGACUGUCGACAUUUAACAAUGGCUUCCAAAACACAAUUGAAUGACAAUCAACAACAUUCAUCACAGCAUAGCAACGAAGAGCUGUUUCAACUAAUAGCUCACCAAACUCAAUAUAUUGAUCAACUUGAAAAAGAAAACGAAAUAAUUGUUACUGAGUUAGAAAAUUUCAAAGAACAAUUGGUCCAGGUUGUGAAUGAGAAUCAGUCAAUACAUGAUGCAAUGCAAGCAAAGGUUGUAGAAGAGACUCUUCAGCAGUCAACAACAAUGCGAAAUGACCCAAACCUAUUUAAAGAUGAUCAUACUGCUAAAAAUCUAAAUAUUUCAACGUCAAAUGCAAAACAAGUUGAAACUCAGUUGCGAGAAAAUAUGAAUGAAAAAUGGAAAGCUGAGUUAAAGACUGUUGAAGGUAUGUAUGCAGCGAAAAUAGCUGUUCUGGAAGCCAGACUAGCUCAGCAUAUAAGAAUUAAUACAAACAAAAACAUUACAUUGAUGAAAAAUCAACUGGAAAGCCAAGAGGCACAAGAAACUGAAGAACCAGAUACAUCUCCUAUGCAGAACUUUAAUGCACCUGUAAUGGAAAAGCUGACCAGAGAAAAUGAUCAACUAUUGAAAACGGUAAAAGACUUAAGGAAAGCUGUUACAGAAUCACAAAAACAGGAAGCUGCACUAAGAAAAGAUCUCCAGAAGAGUAUUGGAGCACUGGAAGACAUUCAGCUGGAAAAGACACAAAUAAUGGUGAAAAGAGAGCAACUACAAGAUGACUUGGAUGUCAUGAAAAGAAAACUGGAAAAAGAGAUAACAUGUGGGCGACAAUCUAUAACAGAAGCUGUGGCAAAGCAACGGGAUAGGAGUAAAGAUGAAAUAGAAAAACUCCAAGCACAGAUUGGUGAAGCUGAAAAUGCAUGUUCACAGUUCGAAGUUUUGGUAGAAACCAUGCGUAAAGAAAAAUUGGAAUUAGAGUUGAAGUUGGAGGAAUCAAGGGGUCAAAUUAUGAGAAUGGACAAAGAAUUGGCAACGAUGCGAGCCGAAGUAGAAGUGGAAAUAAAAUCUGCACUUAAGGGUCACAAUGCUACUGAUAGCCAAUUAAGGAAUAACCAAGCAAGGCUGCAGAAUGAUAUGUUUAAAGUUAGUGAAGAACGAUCAGAAUUGGAACAAAAGGUUGUUGAUUUGAACCGUCGACUUCGAGAUGCAGAAAGUCAUUCUUUAAACUUGCAGGAGUUGAAUUUAAGUCUUACUCAACAACUAAAUGAAAUCACUUCGAAACAUAGGUCCUCUGAAUCUUAUUCCAGACAGCUUGAAGAAAAAUACAUAAAACACUUGCAGGAACUUACAGAAGAUCAUCAAGAUAAGACAGAGCAGUUGACUACUACACUGGAGGGAACACAGUUGGAAUAUGAGCAGAGAUUGAGUGAUUUAGAAGCUAUCAGCUCCAAGCAAGCAAAGUUGCUUCUAAAGCUAAGAGAAGAAUGUAAAAACUUGGAAGAUGGUUUACAAAAUAUGUCAGAAAAAUACCGAACAGACAUGGGAAGAGUGUCUCAAGAGAAUGAGCAAAUGUUUGCUAAAGUGCAGAGACUUUCCACAGCAAAUAAAGAGUUGUCGGCACAAUGUGUCAAGCAUGGGUUAACGCACAGAGCCAUGCGACAAAGAUUAGAUGAACUUAAUGUUCGAGCUCAUCGAUCGACUGGACAAGUUCUUAAUCUGCUGGACCAACAGUUAACCAACUCAACCAAUAAUUACAUUAAUACUUAAUCAAUGUAUUAACAUUUAAAGAAUAUUUUUCUGUUUUAGACUUUUUUUUUGUGGGAUUUUUUACGUUAUCAUGGAUAUCAUGCAUAAACCAUGGUAAAUUUUGUUACAACAACAAGUUACAAUUUUGUAAGAUAUUUCUUAAAUUUUUACAGUCUAUUAUUCUGCAGUAUGUUUGUUUAAGUGUUCUCUAAAUAUUUGUUCUAUUUCCAUAUGAUAUAAAAUGUUUUUUAGCAG